AUGUUUACCUCGCGGAAACAACAAGAGGCCUACCCGGCCGUCCCCGACUCCCUGAGGUCGGACUCGCUCGAGAUGUCGGAGCUUAGAAAGACCCAACAAGCUCGAGCCGACACCUCACCCUACAUCACGCCCUAUCUCGGCCUCAGUGCCAGACUUUCGCAAAUCUGGAUCAACCGCUGGACGAUCCUCCUCUUGCUCGUCCUGCUCAGAAUCAUUAUCCUCAUCGCCAGCUUGAACGACAAUGUCGACGAAGCCAACGCAAAGGCACUGUCUGCCUGUACGAAGGUGGAGGAUAUCGGCAGCGUCAUGGCUUCCAUGCCCCACUACCUUUCCGUCGGUGUCAACGAACUGUCCGCCAAGGGCAUCGAAAAGACCCUCGAUGGCAUGGUCGCGGUGCUGGGUCUGGUCAUCACCGGUGUCCAGAACCUCAUCAUCUUCGUCAUCAACAUGAUGACCUCCAUGUACACCUGCCUCAUCACGGCCUUCGUUCACGGUGGUCUCGACGUGGCUUCCGAUGUUACCAAGAAGGUCACCGAUGCCAUGAACAAGGCUAUUGGCUCCAUUACCGACACCAUCGACGACAAGGCUAAGAGCUUGCAAGACGGUAUCAACAAGGCGGCCAGUGCCAUCGAAGACUCCGUUCUCGGCAAGGUUCUCCCAGACUUCCCCAAGGUCGACUUCACCGGCCCGGUCAGCGAUCUGCGCGAUAUCAAGAUCGACACCAGCGGCUUCGUCAGCGAUCUCAACAAGCUCAACAACGACCUUCCCACCUUUGAAGAGGUCCAGAACAUGACUGCCGAGGCCAUCUCUUUUCCUUUCAACUUGCUGAAGCAGACCGUCAACGACGCCUACGCAGGCUACAAGUUCGAUCGUUCUGUCUUUCCUGUUGCGCAGAAGCAGGCACUCACGUUUUGCUCGAACAACAACAACAUUUCUGAUUUCUUCCGCAAUCUAAGGGACAAGAUCACCAAGGCUCGCAUCGCUUUCAUCGUCGUCCUCUCCAUCCUGGCCGUGUUGGUCAUUGCUCCCAUGGCUUGGCUCGAGAUUAUGCGCUGGAGACGCGAGCGCAAGACGGCCAAGAUCAUUGCCAACGGCCAGUACGACUCGAUGGAUGUCGUUUACAUUGCUUCUCGCCCCAUGACUGCGACUUAUGGCGUCAAGAUUGCUUCCCACUUCAAGGGCAAGCGCCAGAUCAUGGUUCGCUGGGCCAUCGCCUACGCCACGUCUCUUCCGGCCCUCUUCGUCCUGGCUCUUGCUAUCGCUGGCUUUUUCUCCUGCCUGUGCCAAUACAUCAUCCUCAAGGCCGUUCAGAAGGAGGUACCGGCCCUGGCCAACCAGGUCGGCAACUUUGCCGGCGAGGUUGUCAACACACUCGAGGGCGUUUCAAAGGAGUGGGCCGACGAUGCCAACGGCGUCAUCCUCAACACCCAGAACGAAAUCAACAAUGACAUGCUCGGAUACGUCACAAACGCGACGUCAGCGGUCAACGACACCUUGAACACCUUCACAAGCACCAUGACGCUCGGCCUUGAAACCGUCUUCAACGGCACCAUCCUGAUCAACCCCAUCAAGGACGUCGUCCGCUGCACGAUCGGCCUAAAGGUUGAGGCUGUCCAGAAGGGCCUUACGUGGGUCCACGACCACUCACAGAUCUCGUUCCCCACGUUCGACAACGACACAUUCAGCCUCGGCGCUCAAGAGUCAAUCUCGGGCGACUCGGACCUCAACACGUUCCUUGCUUCGCCAUCGUCCGUGACCACCGACGAAGUCACCGGCGCCGUCACCCACGUCACCGACUGGCUGGAGCGCGGCAUCAUCCAGGAAGCCCUCAUCUCUACCGGUAUCCUCCUCAUCUACGUCAUCAUUGUUCUCAUCGGUGUCAUUCGCGCGCUGGUGGGCAUGGUCGUGCCAGACAAGGGCCGUGCUGAGGGUGGAUUGAGGUAUACUGGAGAUGACCGUCCGGCCAUGAGCCCGAGAAGCCCGUCGAGAUCCCAUGGCAACGACUCGCGAUUCCCGCAGUUUGGUAGUGAUCAUUCUGCGGUCGAUGACGAGCACUACUCGAGAGACAUCCGAGACGAAAAGACGAUCAAGAAGACCAGCAUGGGGCGCGCGCAGCCCAUGGAAGGCCACGAGAGGUCGAGCUCAUACGGCCACUUUGACACUGCGUCAUCUACAAAGUUUUAA